AUUUGACACUGCUAACAAAAUUCAUACGUUUUGUUCCUGUCUGUUGUGGGCGUGUCUCAAAGAGUCAGUCAGGCACGCUAUUGGCUGAUUACGUUUACACGUGACAAGACGUGUUUGGUCGACUCAGCAGCUUCUCUCACAACAUUGUCACGUUAGAGAAAGUCUUAGUGACAGCGAUGUAAGUUGUUUGGAUUACCUCGUUAACGCUUGUCGUUAUGGAAGGUGAAGACGUUUAUGUUCGGUCUGAGGAUGAAAGAUUUGUUGAGGAGUCUGCAAUGGCUGUGGUUAAGGCAGAGAUCACUCAGACUGAGAGCCUGGAAUCUCAGAACCCGUGGUCCCACCUGGAAGACUACUUUGUCCUUACUUCAAGGGAUAAGAGGAACGCCAAAAUCCUAUUCUUCCGAUGCGUCAUGUGCCGGCCCAAGGAGAUCACCAUCAAGGGACAAGUGACGAGCCUCUACAACUUGAAGUCACAUGCCAAGAGGAAACACCCAGCGUAUGCCAUCCAGUUUGAGGAAAGGAUCAAGGCCGGCUCUUCCCGUGGGAAACACAGGCAAUCUUCUGGUAGCAGUGCUAGUAACCAGUCGUCGCAGCCAUGUGUAAAGAAAGCACGCCAGUCCAGCAUUAACGAGGCAUUUGCCCAAACUGCUGACACUGGUGGCGUCCAUCAGUCUAUGGUGGACAGAAGGAUUGUAGACCUGUUUGUUGACAACAUGCUACCGCUGCAUGUAGUGGAGUCUCCCACCUUUGUCGACUUGAUCAAGACGCUGAACCCCAACAAGACUUCGAUGUCCUGCUACACCCUGGGCAGGAUGAUCUUGGCCAGCCGUAAACGGCAGGAGUAUCUUGCAUGUUCCUCAUUCACCCGUGGUAUCCACACAUUUUCUGUUCCUUCUGAGCUGUUCAAAACAAAUCGCCAGAAUUUAUGUGAAAGGCUGAGGAAAAUCAAGCAAAUCCCUGCUAAUUCUUACGUGUUGCUUCAGGCUGGAGAAUCUGAAACCCGGUAUUGUUCUGACCAUGAACCUCUUUUCAGACAGGAGUCUUAUUUUCAUUGGACAUUUGGAGUUGAAGAACCUGAUUUUUUUGGUGCUGUACAUAUUGAUUCAGGCAAGGCAAUUCUUUUCCCUCCUAAACUGGAUGCAAGCUAUUCAACAUGGAUGGGAAAGUUGAAAGGUGAAGAAGAAUUUAAGGGAAGAUAUGAUGUUGAUGAAGUCCACUUCUCUGACGAGAUUUCUGAUUUCUUUGAAAAGACCAAACCAUCCCUUCUUUUAACAUUGUAUGGCCUUAAUACAGACAGUGGAAAUAAAAGCACCCCUGCAGCCUUCAAUGGCAUCAAUAAAUUCAAGGUGAAUGAUGAGUUACUUCACCCAGAGAUUUCUGAAUGCCGUGUUUUCAAGAGUGACUAUGAAUUGGAUUUACUUCGCUACACCAAUAAAGUAUCUAGUGCUGCUCAUAGAGAGGUGAUGAGACAGAUACGUCCAGGGAUGUAUGAGUACCAGCUGGAAAGCAUAUUUCGUCAUUUUUGUUCUUACUAUGGAGGUGGUCGUCAUUUGUCUUACACCUGUAUUUGUGGAAGUGGAGAAAAUGCAGCUAUUUUGCACUAUGGACAUGCUGGAGCUCCAAAUUCCAGAAGACUUAAUGACGGGGAUGCUUGUUUACUUGACAUGGGAACAGAAUAUUGCUGUUAUGCAUCUGAUAUCACUUGCUCUUAUCCAGUAAAUGGCAAAUUCACUGAAAAACAGAAGAUUAUCUACGAAGCAGUAUUGAAGGCUUCUAAAUCUGUUUUUGCAGCAAUGAAACCAGGUGUCUCCUGGGUGGAUAUGCAUAAGCUUGCUGAAAGAAUUCAAUUGGAGGAGCUAAAAAAAGCUGGUUUGCUUCAAGGAGAUGUUGAAGAAAUGAUGAAAGUUCGUCUGGGUGCUAUAUUUAUGCCUCAUGGUCUUGGACAUUUCAUGGGAAUUGAUACUCAUGAUGUUGGUGGCUAUAAUGCAGGUGGAGAAAAAUCAACUGAACCAGGGUUGCGUUCUCUUCGAACUAAUCGUAUUCUACAACCACGAAUGGUUCUGACAAUUGAACCAGGAAUAUAUUUUAACAAUGUUCUCCUCGAUGCUGCUCUUGCUGAUCCAAACCAAGCUAAGUUUCUAGUUCCAUCUGUCAUAGAUGAAUAUCGUAACAGUGGUGGAGUGAGAAUUGAAGAUGAUGUGAUUGUGACUGAUGAUGGUGUUGAAAUGAUGACCAAUGUUCCAAGAACUGUGGAGGAAAUUGAAAAUUUCUUCAGAAGUAGACCAGAACCAACACUUCCUCUGCCUUCAGAAAUCCCAUGUAUUGUUGGGAAGCAAUAAGAAGUGUGGCACAGAAAUAGAAAAUGCAUCAUUCUUUUGAUUUUCAUUGUUCAAUGAAAAAAUUUCUUUAUAUCUUGAUUAUAGUUUACAUUGUAUAUUUUUGAUAUACACACACACACAUACAUAUAUACACACACACACAUAUACAUAUAUAUAUAUAUAUAUACACACAUAUGCAUGUAUAUAUGUGUUAUAUGUAUAGAUUAUAUGUUUGUGUGUGUGUAUAUAUGUGUGUGUGUGCAAGACAAUCUUUUUUUAUUACCUUUAUUUUAAAAAAUUUCCCAUGAGUUUUAUUUUGUUAAUCUGCAUUGGCCCACAUCCUACAUGCAUGCACAUCUACCAGCACUUUAAGUGAUGGGCCUCACAGGUGCACUGUGUAAAACCUACCCCUAUUUUUCUGAACCCAGCCUUGAAUUUAGUACUACAGCUGCAAGUGCUUCUUUUCACAACUUGUCAGUCAACUCACUACCAUGCCCACUUGGUAGGCCCACCUUUUGUCUCCUCCUGUGUUUUCCCUUUCUUAAGCUUGAUACUUAAACACUUUUCUCUUAAAACACAGCACCAACCGUAUCAACCCCAUCCAAGCUAUUUUCAUCCCAUCACUCUCUGACUAAAGCUGCUGCCUAUGGUGAACCUCAGGAAUCAUGCAAACCAAAUACUAAUACAAAAGGCCUUUUUGAGGUUCUUUAUUGAAUAUUUAUAAUUUAUUGAAAAUAAAAAAAAAGAAAGAAAAGAAAAAUAAUGACUAGAGUCGAUGAGAGGUAAUUUAGUUGUUAAAUAAUGAAACCAGUUGAUAGUCGUAAUGCUGUACAUUAAUAUAAGAGGAAGUUAGUGAUUAAUAGACAUCUGUGUUGACAAUUAAUGAAUUUAAAUAGUUAAAAAGAAAUGUUAGAAGUUGGUUUGCCAUGAGGAAUUGGAAAUAUUUGAUGAUUGACACUAUUCACAUACACAGCUAAAUAUUGUGAAAAAGUUCUGUAACAACAUGAAUUUUCAUCUUUACUUGAAAGAAAAAGG